UACCGAUGGACUUCUCAAAACAUUCCCUGGAUGAUCAAUAUAAAGGCUGCAGAAACGCAAUGUUACAAAAAGUUCAAAAGGUUUACCUGCCUAGAGAACUGAAACAGAACCCAAAAUUUAAUUCCGCCUGGUCCAACGCAAAAUCGGCAAUGAAAUCCAAAUCUCUGGGAUAUCUGACUCUAGAACAAGCCACUGCCAUCUACGCUUACACAAUGCCAGGCGUUUACAGUGACUUCAACACAGCGGUCAGAAACGGAGGCGGAAAGAAUUACAAGGGGUUCCCGUUCAAGGCGCUGCAUUUUUACAUAACCGAUGCCCUGAAGAAGCUGAAAACCAAAUUUAAAAACUGUUAUCAUGUCUACAGGGGCGUUUCCAAGCCCACAAGCGUGGGCAAGGGUAAAACUGUCCGCUUCGGCCAGUUCACCUCCACUUCACGAAGCCUACAAAAAGCCAUGCAUUUUGGAUCCGGAACAAUUUUCCACAUGCGCACAUGCCAGGGCGCAUCGAUUCAAAGUUAUUCGAUGUUCCCAGCUGAAGACGAGGUGCUGGUGCCGCCAUUCGAGAGGUUCCGAGUGGAGGACGUCAACGGGAAUCAAAUCAGACUGACACCACUGCCAAAAACCACAAGCAUUUACAACUGUCUGGCAGUGCAUAAAGGAAAGACACACGGGUGAUGUCAGAGUUGAGUCUACAGUCACGUGACACGAGUCAUGUGACCAACGC